AUGCGAAACCGAAGAUAUGCUAUCUACCAACCCAACGACACAGGACCAAUCUUACUAGACGAUGAGCAAGAUCCGAAUCUCGAGCAAGAACCGAAUGGCCGACAAGACGCGGAUGAACAGGACCCAGAUCAUCAGCAAGACUCGGAUGAUCGAAGUCAAGCAGGUCCGGCCUGUAAGACACUCCUCGCGAACCACAAGUUGGUAGAGCUGGUCUUCUUGCAGCUCGAUAUGCGUGAAUUGCUCGUCCGCAUUCAGGGGAUCUCCAGAACGUGGAAGGCGAUCAUCGCCAACUCGGACCGUCUCCAACAAGCGCUCUUCUUCAAGCCCAUCAGCAAACGUCCGCUGACAUUCGUCAAGCCUGAGAGGGUCAUUGACGCGGAGAAGGCGAUCUCGAAGUCAGAGAGCACGAGCCAGAUUCCUCUGACUGGAGCCACAUCAAUCCAAAGAGCCCAGACGCUGCCUUGGGAGACAUCUUCAUCUCCGGCGACACCUUAUCUAACUCGACACAUGGAUUCUGCUUUGGGAAGUGCUAUUCCCAUGCACCAUAGGACACCUUCACAUGAUCUUCCAAACGACUCGGCCAACACCAGAACCGUCACAGAAUCAUCGAGCUCCGCCAACCUGUUCCGUAAGUUCACUCGCAAACAGAAGAAAGACGCAAAGAAGAAAAAUAUCACGUCUCCUGUGACCAGCAACAAAAGCAGUGUCAGCCUAUCGAAUGACACGCCUCGACCAUCCCACGAAUUCCGUCGAGACCAUGACAACUGGACCCCACGAUUCUAUCCCCUCACAGAAGAACGCGACCUUCGCCAACAAAUCUUCGAGCACCCCCUCAUCUCACGGACUGAUGCGCCUUCCAAGAAGUACUCCAAAUACCUCUAUUGUAUGGGCGUCGACUACGAGCCGAGCUGGAAGAAACAGUUCUUGACGCAGCCUCCCCUGGCUAGCAUUAAGAUUCUCGUGGACGAUCACUGUGAGAAGCUCGAUCUUGUGGUGAAUGCAAGUGAUGGGGCAGGGGUCAGGUUUGGGGAUGUUGCGAGGGCUUUGAGGUUGAGGGGGAUGGUGUUUUUGACGUAUGAGGGGAGGGAGUGGUGGAGGCUGUGGAGAUGGACGGAGGGACGGGCUGUCGAAUUGUUGGAAUGUAUUGAGGGUGGUGUUGGUGAAGGUCCGUGGAGCGUGGAAAGUGAUGGCAACUGA